AUGUUACUUUUUCUUCCUGAUUUUCUUUUCUCACAUUUCUCGAUUCUAGAAGUUUCUUCCUGUUUCUUUUCUCAUUUCUCGAUUCUAGAAGAUUCUUCCUUUCAUUUUUCUCAUUUCUCGAUUCUAGAAGUUUCUUCCUGUUUUCUUUUCUCACAUUUCUCGAUUCUAGAAGUUUCUUCCCUGUUCCUUUUCUCAUAUUUCUCGAUUCUAGAAAGUUUCUUCCUGUUUCUUUUUCUUUUCUCAUAUUUCUCGAUUCUAGAAAGAUUCUUCCUGUUUCAGUUCUUUCUUUUUUCUCAUAUUUCUCGAUUCUUUCUCUUCUGUUUUCUUUUCUCAUUUCUCGAUUCUAAAGUUUCUUCCUGUUUCUUUUCUCCACAUUUCUCGAUUCUAGAAGUUUCUUCCUGUUUCUUUUCUCCAUUUCUCGAUUCUGAAAAGAUUCUUCCUGUUUCUUUUCUCACAUUUCUCGAUUCUAGAAUUUUCUUCCUGUUUCUUUUCUCACAUUUCUCGAAUUCUGAAGUUUCUUCCUGUUUCUUUUCUCACAUUUUCUCGAUUCUAGAAGUUUUUCUUUUCAUUUUUCUCACAUUUCUCGAUUCUAGAAGUUUCUUCCUGUUUCUUUUCUCCAUGUUUCUCGAUCUAGAAGAUUUCUUCCUGUUUCAUUUCUCACAUUUCUCGAUUCUAGAGUUUCUUCCUUUCUUCCUGUUCUCGAUUCUUUUUCUCACAUUUCUCGAUUCUAGAAGUUUCUUCCUGUUCUUUUCUCACAUUUCUCGAUCUAGAAAUUUUUCUUCCUGUUUUUCUUUUCUCAUAUUUCUCGAUUCUCGAAGUUUCUUCCUGUUUCUUUUCUCAUUUCUCGAUUCUGGAAGUUUCUUCCUGUUUCUUUUCUCACAUUUCUCGAUUCUGGAAGUUUCUUCCUGUUUCUUUUCUCCAUUUCUCGAUUCUGAAGUUUCUUCCUGUUUCUUUUCUCAUUUCUCGAUUCUAGAAUUUCCUGUUUCUUUUUCUUCCUGUUUCUUUUCUCUUAUUUCUCGAUUCUAUUUCUCGAUUCUAGAGUUUCUUCCUGUUUUUUCUUUUCUCGAUUCAGUUUUUCUCGAUUCUAGAAGAUUUCUUCCUGUUUCUUUUCUCAUUUCUCUCCGAUUCUGGAAGUUUCUUCCUGUUUCUUUUCUCACAUUUCUCGAUUCUAGAGUUUCUUCCUGUUUCUUUUCUCCACAUUUCUCGAUUCUAGAUUUUUCUUCCUUUUUCUUUUCUCAUUUCUCGAUUCUAGAAGAUUCUUCCUGUUUGUUUCUUUUCUCGAUUCAGUUUCUUUUUUUCAUUUCUCAUUUCUCGAUUCAUUUUCCUCAAGUUUCUUCCUGUUUUCUUUUCUCAUUUCUCGAUUCUAGAAGUUUCUUCCUGUUUCUUUUUCUCACAUUUCUCAAUUCUGAAAAGUUUCUUCCUGUUUCUUUUCUCACAUUUCUCGAUUCUGGAAUUUUCUUCCUGUUUCUUUUCUCCCAUUUCUCGAUUCUAGAAGUUUCUUCCUGUUUCUUUCUCACAUUUCUCGAUUCUAAGUUUCUUCCUGUUUCUUUUCUCAUAUUUCUCGAUUUAGAAAAUUUCUUCCUGUUUCUUUUCUCAUUUCUCGAUUCUAAUGUUUCUUCCUGUUUUCUUUUCUCACAUUUCUCGAUUCUAGAAGUUUCUUCCCUUUUCUUUUCUCACAUUUUCUCGAUUCUAGAAAUUUCUUCCUUUUUCUUUUCUCCAUUUCUCGAUUCUAGAAGAUUCUUCCUGUUUCUUUUCUCAUUUCUCGAUUCUAGAAUUUUCUUCCUGUUUCUUUUCUCAUAUUUUCUUCUUGGAAGUUUCUUCCUGUUUCUUUUCUCACAUUUCUCGAUUCUGGAAAAAUUUCUUCCUGUUUCUUUUCUCACAUUUCUCGAUUCUAGAAGUUUCUUCCUGUUUCUUUUCUCACAUUUCUCGAUUCUAGAAGUUCUUCUGUUUCUUUUUUUCACAUUUCUCGAUUUAGAAUUUCUUCCUGUUUCUUUUCUCACAUUUCUCGAUUCUGAAUUUUUCUUCCUAAGUUUCUUCCUGUUUCUUUUCUCACAUUUCUCGAUUCUAGAAGUUUCUUCCUGUUUCUUUUCUCCGUUUUCUCGAUUCUUUCUUCCUGUUUCUUUUCUCAUUUCUCUAGAAAUUUCUUCCUGUUUCUUUUUUCAUUUUCGAUUCAAUUUCUUCCUUUUCUUCCUGUUUCUUUUCUCACAUUUCUCGAUUCUAGAAUGUUUCUUCCUGAUUCUUUUCUCAUUUUUCUCGAUUCUAGAAAAUUCCUGUUUCUUUUCACAUUUCUCGAUUCUAGAAAUUUCUUCCUUUUCUUUUCUUCACUGUUUCAUUUCUCCGAUUCUAGAAGAUUCUUCCUGUUUCUUUUCUCCACAUUUCUCGAUUCUAGAAGUUUCUUCCUGUUCCUUUUCUCUUUCUCAUUCUAGAGAUUUCUUCCCUUUUCUUUUCUCUUUGUAUCUCGAUUCUAGAAUAUUCUUCCCUGUUUCUUUUCUCACAUUUCUCGAUUCUAGAAGUUUCUUCCUGUUUCUUUUCUCACAUUUUCUCGAUUCUAGAGAUUUCUUCCUCCCUGUUUCUUUUCUCAUAUUUCUCGAUUCUAGAAGUUUCUUCCUGUUUCUUUUCUCACAUUUCUCGAUUCUAGAAAGUUUCUUCCUGAUUCUUUUCUCCUUAUUUCUCGAUUCUAGAAGAUUCUUUUCACAUUUUCUCGAUUCUAGAGGUUUCUUCCUUUUCUUUUCUCUUUUCUCGAUUCUAGAGUUUUCUUCCCUGUUUUCUUUUCUCACAUUUCUCGAUUCUAGAAAUUUCUUCCUGUUUCUUUCUCCUUAUUUCUCGAUUCUAGAAGUUUCUUCCUGUUUUCUUUUCUCACAUUUCUCGAUUCUAGGAUUUCUUCCUGUUUUCUUUUCUCAUAUUUCUCGAUUUUUAAGUUUCUUCCUGUUUCUUUUCUCACAUUUCUCGAUUCUAGAAGUUUCUUCCUGUUUCUUUUCUCUCAUUUAUUCUUCCUAUUUUCUUCCUUUUUCAUUUUCUCAUAUUUCUCGAUUCUCAGUUUCUUCCUGUUUCUUUUCUCAUUUCUCGAUUCUAGAAGUUUCUUCCUGUUUCUUUUCUCCAUUUCUCGAUUCUAGAAGUUUCUUCCUGUUUCUUUUCUCACAUUUCUCGAUUCUAGAAAUUUCUUCCUGUUCUUUCUCUCAUUCUUCCUAUCUUGAAGUUUCUUCUGUUUCUUUUCUCACAUUUCUCGAUUCUACAAGAUUCUUUUCUCAUAUUUCUCGAUUCUUUCUUCCAUUUACUCACACAUUUCUCGAUUCUAGAGUUUCUUCCUGUUUUCUUUUCUCACAUUUCUCGAUUCUAUUACUCGAUUUCUUCCUGUUUCUUUUCUCACAUUUUCGAUUCAUUCUUCCUAGAUUUCUUCCUGUUCAUUUCAUUUUCUCACAUUUCUCGUUUCUAGAAGUUUCUUCCUGUUUCUUUUCUCGUUUCUCGUUUCUUCUUUCUUUUUCCCAUUUCUCGAUUCUGAUAUUUUCUUCCUGUUUUUCUUUUCUCACAUUUCUCGAUUCUAGAAGUUUCUUCCUGUUUCUUUUUCUUGAAGUUUCUUCUGUUUUCUUUUCUCCAUUUCUCCCGAUUCUAGAAGGUUUCUUCCUGUUUCUUUUUUUCACAUUUCUCGAUUCUAGAAGUUCUUUUCUCAUUUCUUCCUGUUUCUUUUCUCUCCAUUUCUCGAUUCUAGAAGAUUCUUACUUCCUGUUUCUUUUCUCACAUUUCUCGAUUCUAGAAGUUUCUUCCUGUUUUCUUUUCUCGCAUUUCUCGAUUCUAGUUUUCUUCCCUUUUUCUUUUCUCAUAUUUCUCGAUUCUAGAAGAUUCUUCCUGUUACUUUUCUCACAUUUUCUCGAUUCUAGAAGUUUCUUCCUUUUCUUUUCAUUUCUCGAUUCUAGAAGUUUCUUCCUUUUUUCUUUUCUCAUUUUCUCGAUUCUAGAAGUUUCUUCCUGUUUCUUUUCACAUUUCUCGAUUCUAGAAGUUUCUUCCUGUUUCUUUUCUUUCUCAGUUUCUUCCUGUUUCUUUUCUCAUUUCUCGAUUCUAGAAAUUUUCUUCCUGUUUCUUUUCUCCACAUUUCUCGAUUCUAAAAUUUCUUCCUGUUUCUUUUUCUCAUUUCUCGAUUCUAAAAGUUCCUUCCUGUUUCUUUUCUCAUAUUUCUCGAUUCUUGAAGUUUCUUCCUGUUUUUUCUCAUUUCUCGAAUCUUGUUUCUUCAAUUCUUUUCUCCAUAUUUCUCGAUUCUGGAAGUUUCUUCCUGAUUCUUUUCUCACAUUUCUCGAUUCUAGAAAUUUCUUCCUGUUUCUUUUCUCACAUUCUCUUAGAAGAUUCUUCCGUUUUCUUUUCUCAUUUCUCGAGAUUCUUCCUGUUUCUUUUCUCACAUUUCUCGAUUCUAGAAGUUUCUUCCUGUUUCUUUUCUCACAUUUUCUCGAUUCUAGAAGUUUCUUCCUGUUUCUUUUCUCACAUUUCUCGAUUCUAGAAAGAUUCUUCCUGUUUCUUUUCUCUCACAUUUUCUCGAUUCUAGAAGUUUCUUCCUGUUUCUUUUCUCAUAUUUCUCAAAUCUUUCUUCCCAUUUUCUCGAUUCUUUUCUUCCUGUUUCUCUUUUCUCAUAAGUUUCUUCCUGUUUCUUUUCUCAUAUUUCUCUCGAUUCUAGAGUUUUCUCCUUUUCUUUUCUCAUUUCUCGAUUCUAGGUUUCUUCCUGUUCUUUUCCUGUUUCUUUUCUCAUUUUUCUCUUUUCUCAUUUAUAAGAAUUUCUUCCUGUUUCUUUUCUCAUUUCUCGAUUCUUUCUUCCUGUUUCAUUUCUCACAUUUCUCGAAGUUUCUUCCUGUUUCUUUUCUCACAUUUCUCGAUUCUAGGGUUUCUUCCUGUUUCUUUUCUCAUUUCUCGAUUCUGAAGUUUCUUCCUGUUCUUUUCUCAUAUUUCUCGAUUCUUGAGUUUCUUCCUAAGUUUCUUCCUGUUUCUUUUCAUUUCUCUUUUCUCGAUUCUAGAAGUUUCUUCCUGUUUCUUUUCUCACAUUUCUCGAUUCUAGAAGUUUCUUCCUGUUUCUUUUCAUUUCUCGAUUCUGUUUCUUCCUUUCUUUUCUCAUUUCUCGAUUCUAGAAGUUUCUUCCUGUUUCUUUUCUCACAUUUUCUCGAUUCUUCUAAGUUUCUUCCUGUUUCUUUUCUCAUUUCUCGAGUUUCUUCCUGUUUCUUUUCUCCAUUUCUCGAUUCUAAGUUUCUUCCUGUUUCUUUUCUCACAUUUCUCGAUUCUAGAGUUUCUUCCUUUUUCUUUUCUCACAUUUCUCUCGAUUCUGGAAUUUCUUCCUGUUUCUUUUCUCAUUUCUCGAUUCUAGAAGUUUUCUUCCUGUUUCUUUUCUCACAUUUCUCGAUUCUAGAAUAUGUUUCUUUUCUCACAAAGUUUCUUCUGUUUCUUUUCUCAUUUCUCGAUUCUAGAAGAUUCUUCCUGUUUCUUUCUCACAUUUUCUCGAUUCUGAAGUUUCUUCCUGUUUCUUUUCUCAUAUUUCUCGAUUCUAGAAUUUCUCGAUUCUUUCUUCCUGUUUCUUUUCUCACAUUUCUCGAUUCUAGAAGUUUCUUCCUGUUUCUUUUCUCACAUUUCUCGAUUCUAGAAUUUUCUUCCUGUUUCUUUUCUCAUUUCUCGAUUCUAGAAGUUUUCUUCCUGUUUCUUUUCUCACAUUUCUCGAUUCUAGGUUUCUUCCUGUUUCUUUUCUCACUUUUCUCGAUUCUGAAGUUUCUUCCUAAGUUUUCUUCUUCCUUUUCUUUUCUCGAUUCUAUUUCUCGAUUCUCGAUUCCUAAAUUUCUUCCUUUUUCUUUUUCUCACAUUUUCUCGAUUCUAGAAGAUUCUUCCUGUUCUUUUCUCACAUUUCUCGAUUCUAGAAAAGUUUCUUCCCUGUUUCUUUCUCAUUUCUCUCGAUUCGGUUCUUCCUGUUUCUUUUCUCAUUUCUCGAUUCUAGAAAAGUUUCUUCCUGUUUCUUUUCUCACAUUUCUCGAUUUCUCGAAAUUUCUUCCUGUUUCUUUUCUCACAUUUCUCGAUUCUAGAAGAUUUCUUCCUGUUUCUUUUCUCACAUUUCUCGAUUCUAAGUCUUCCUUUUCUUCCUGUUUCUUUUCUCAUAUUUCUCGAUUCUUGAAGUUUCUUCCUGUUUCUUUUCUCACAUUUCUCGAUUCUAGAUUUCUUCCUGUUUCUUUUCUCAUAUUUCUCGAUUCUAGAAUUCUUCCUGUUUCUUUUCAUUUUCUCGAUUCUAGAAAUUUCUUCCUGUUUCUUUUCUCCAUUUCUCGAUUCUAUUCUCUCGAGGUUUUCUUCCUGUUUCUUUUCUCCCAUUUCUCGAUUCUAGAAGUUUCUUCCUGUUUCUUUUCUCCACAUUUCUCGAUUCUAGAAGUUUCUUCCUGUUUCUUUCUCCUUUCUCUCGAUUCUAGAAGAUUCUUUUCUUCCUGUUUCAUUUUCUCACAUUUCUCGAUUCUAGAAGUUUCUUCCUGUUUCUUUCUCACAUUUCUCGAAUCUAAUUUCUUCCUGUUUCUUUUCUCACAUUUCUCGAUUCUAGAAGUUUUCUUCCUGUUUCUUUUCUCAUUUCUCGAUUCUAGAAAUUUCUUCCUGUUUCUUUUCUCACAUUUCUCGAUUCUAGAAGUUUCUUCCUGUUUCUUUUCUUUUCUCGAUUCUAAAAAGUUUCUUCCUGUUUCUUUUCUCACAUUUCUCGAUUCUAGAAGUUUCUUCCUGUUUCUUUUUCUUUUCUCGAUUCUAGAAUUUCUUCCUAAGUUUCUUCCUGUUUCUUUUCUCACAUUUCUCGAUUCUGGAGAUUUCUUCCUGUUUUCUUUUCUCACAUUUCUCGAUUCUAGAAAUUUCUUCCUGUUUCUUUUCUCACAUUUCUCGAUUCUAGAAAUUUUCUUCCUGUUUCUUUUCUCAUUUCUCUCAUUCUCGAAGUUUCUUCCUGUUUCUUUUCUCACAUUUCUCGAUUCUAGAAGUUUCUUCCUGUUUCUUUUCUCACAUUUCUCGAUUCUCAGAAAAUUCUUCCUGUUUCUUUUCUCAUAUUUCUCGAUUUUAGAAGUUUCUUCCUUUUCUUUCAUUUCUCGAUUCUGUUUCUUCUUUCUUUUCUCACAUUUUCUCGAUUCUGAAAAAUUUCUUCCUGUUUCUUUUCUCACAUUUCUCGAUUCUAGAAGUUUCUUUUUCUUCCUGUUUCUUUUCUUCUCAUUUCUCGAUUCUUUCUUCCUGUUUCUUUUCUCACAUUUCUCUGUUUUCUUCCUGUUCAUUUUCUCAUAUUUCUCGAUUCUAGAAGUUUCUUCCUGUUUCUUUUCUCACAUUUUCUCGAUUCUGUUUAUUUUCUCACAUUUCUUCCCUGUUUCUUUUCUCACAUUUCUCGAUUCUAGAAAUUUUUUCUUCCUGUUUCUUUUCUCCACAUUUCUCGAGAAGUUUCUUCCCUUUUUCAUUUCUCGAUUCAUUUCUUCUGUUUCUUUUCUCACAUUUUCUAGAAGUUUCUUCCUGUUUCUUUUCUCACAUUUCUCGAUUCUAGAAAGUUUUCUUCCUUUUUCUUUUCUCACAUUUCUCGAUUCUGAAGUUUCUUCCUAUUACUUUUUCUUCCUGUUUCUGUUUUUUCUCAAUUUCUCGAUUCUAAUUUUCUUCCUGUUUCUUUUCUUUUUUCUCGAUUCUAGAAGUUUCUUCCUGAUUCUUUUUCUCACAUUUCUCAUUUCUUCUUUUUCUCAUGAAAAUUUCUUCCUGUUUCUUUUCUCUUAUUUCUCGAUUCUAGAAAUUCUUCCUGUUUCUUCCUGUUUUUUUCAUAUUUCUCGAUUCUGUUUCUUUUCAUUUCUCGUUUUCUCUGUUCUUUUCUCGAUUCUAGAAGAUUCUUCCUGUUUCUUUUUUCCUGAUUCUUUUCUCGAUUCUAGAGAUUCACAUUUCUCGAUUCUAGAAGUUUCUUCCUGUUUCUUUUCUCACAUUUCUCGAUUCUGGGGUUUCUUCCUGUUUCUUUUCUUUUCUCGAUUCUAUUUCUCGAUUCUCGAUUCUAGAAAAGUUUCUUCCUGUUUCUUUUCUUUUCUCUUUUCUCUCAUUUCUUUUCUCGUUUCUUUUUCUACAUUUCUCGAUUCUGAAGUUUCUUCCUGUUUCUUUUCUCCACAUUUCUCGAUUCUAGAAAGUUUCUUCCUGUUUUUUUUUCAUUUCUCGAUUCUGAUUUCUUCCUGUUUCUUUUCACAUUUCUCGAUUCUGAAAUUUCUUCCUUUUUCUUUUCUCACAUUUCUCGAUUCUAGAAGUUUCUUUCCUGUUUCUUUUCUCAUAUUUCUCGAUUCUAGAAGUUUCUUCCUGUUUCUUUUCUCACAUUUCUCGAUUUUUGAAGUUUCUUCCUGUUUCUUUUCUUUUCUCGAUUCUAGAAGUUUCUUCCUGUUUCUUUUCUUAUAUUUCUCGAUUCUAGAAAUUUCUUGUUUCUUUUCUCAUUUUCUCGAUUCUAGAAGUUUCUUCCUGUUUCUUUUCUCACAUUUCUCGAUUCUAGAUUUCUUCCUGUUUCUUUUUUUCUCACAUUUCUCGAUUCUAGAAAAUUCUUCCUGUUUCUUUUCUCAUUUCUCGAUUCUGUUUCUUCCUGUUUCUUUUCUCACAUUUCUCGAUUCUAGAAUUUCUUCCUGUUUCUUUUCUCAUUUCUCGAUUCUAGAAAAGUUUCUUCCCUUUUUCUUUUCUUUCCUGUUUCUUCCUUUUCUUUUCUCACAUUUCUCGAUUCUAGAAGUUUCUUCCUUUUCUUUUCUCACAUUUCAAGUUUCUUCCUUUUUCUUUCCUGUUUCUUUUCUCAUUUCUCAAAGUUUUCUUCUAGAAAGUUUUCUUCUGUUUCUUUUCUCACAUUUCUCGAUUCUAGAAAUUUUCUUCCUGUUUCUUUUCUCAUAUUUCUCGAUUCUGAAAUUUCUUCCUGUUUUCUUUUCUCAUUUCUCGAUUCUAGAAGUUUCUUCCUGUUUCUUUUUCUUCCUGUUUCUGUUUCUCACAUUUCUCGAUUCUAGAAGUUUCUUCCUGUUUCUUUUCUCAUAUUUUCUCGAUUCUAGAAGUUUCCUUCCUGUUUCUUUUCUUCCUAAAAUUCUUCCUGUUUCUUUUCUCAUUAUUUCUCGAUUUCUUGAAGUUUCUUCCUGUUUCUUUUCUCAUUUCUUUCUAAGUUUCUUCCUGAUUCUUGAAGUUUCUUCCUGUUUCUUUUCUCACAUUUCUCGAUUCUAUUUCUCGAUUUUCUUCCUGUUUCUUUUCUCACAUUUUCUCGAUUCUAGAGUUUUCUUCCUGUUUUUCUUUUCUCACAUUUCUCGAUUCUAUGUUCUCGAGUUUCUUCCUGUUUCUUUUCUCACAUUAUUUUCUCAUAAUUUUAGAAAGUUUCUUCCUGUUUCUUUCUUUUUCUCGAUUCAUUUCUCGAUUCUAGAAGUUUCUUCCUUUUUCUUUCUCAUUUCUCAUUCUAGAAUUUUCUUCCUUUUCUUCCUGUUUCUUUUCUCCCAUUUCUCGAUUCUAGAAGUUUUCUUCCUGUUUCUUUCUCCACAUUUCUCGAUUCUAAAGUUUCUUCCUGUUUCUUUUCUCCAUUUCUUCCCUGUUUCUUUUCUCAUUUCUUCUAAGUUUCUUCCUGUUUCUUUUUCUCACAUUUCUCAUUUUAGAAAUUUCUUCCUAAUUUCUUCCUGUUUCUUUUUCCUUUUUCUUUUCUGUUUUCUUUUCUCCAUUUUCUCGAUUCUAAGUUUCUUCCUGUUUCUUUUCUCAUUUCUCGAUUCACAAGAGUUUCUUCCUGUUUCUUUUCUCACAUUUCUCGAUUCUCGAAGUUUCUUCCCUGUUUCUUUUCUCACAUUUCUCGAUUCUGAACUUUUCUUUUUCUCGAUUCUAGAAGUUUCUUCCUGUUUCUUUUCUCAUUUCUCAUUUCUAGAAAGUUUCUUCCUGUUUCUUUUCUCACAUUUCUCGAUUCUAGAGUUUUCUUCCUGUUCUUUUUCUUUUCUCUUUUUCUUCCUGUUACUUUCACAGUUUCUUUUUCCUGUUUCUUUUCUCACAUUUCUCGAUUCUGAAUUUUCUUCCUGUUUCUUUUUCUUCCUGAAAUUUCUUCCUUUUCUUUUCUCAUUUCUCGAUUCUAGAAGAUUCUUCCUGUUUCAUUUCUCAUUAUUUCUCGAUUCUAGAAGUUUCUUCUGUUUCUUUUCUCCAUUUCUCGAUUUCUUCCCUGUUUCUUUCUCUCAUUUCUCGAUUCUAGAGAUAUUUCUUCCUGUUUCUUUUCUGACAUUUCUCAUUUCUGAGAAUUUCUUCUGUUUCUUUCUCAUUUUCUCGAUUCUAGGUUUCUUCCUGUUCUUUCUUCUUUCUCUCAAGAAAUUUCUUCCUUUUCUUUCUACAUAUCUCGAUUCUAGAAAUUCUUCUUUUUCUUUUCUUUUUUUCUCGAUUCUAGGAUUUCUUCCUGUUUCUUUUCUCACAUUUCUCGAUUCUAGAAAUCUUGAAAUUCUUCCUGUUUCAUUUCUCAUAUUUCUCGAUUCUAGAAGUUUCUUCUGUUUCUUUUUCUCAUUUCUCGAUUCUGAAAUACUAAGUUUCUUCCUGUUUCUUUUCUCCCAUUUCUCGAUUCCUAAGUUUCUUCCUGUUUCUUUUCUCACAUUUCUCGAUUCUAGAAGUUUCUUCCUGUUUCUUUUCUCUUAUUUCUCGAUUCUAAAAUUUUCUUCCUGUUUCUUUUCUCAUUUCUCGAUUCUAGAGAUUUCUUCCUGUUUCUUUUCUCACAUAUUUCUGGAGAUUCUUGAAAUUCUUCCUUUUUCUUUUCUUCAUUCUCAUUCUGGAAUUUUCGAUUCUAUUCUUCCUGUUACUUUUCUUCGAUUCUGGAUUUUCUUCAUUUCUUUUCUCACAUUUCUCAUUCUAGAAUUCUUCUGUUCUUUUCUCAUUUCUCCUAGAAUUCUUCCUAAAAUUUCUGGUUUUUCUUCCUGUUUUCUUUUCUCACAUUUCUCGAUUCUAGAAGAUUCUUCCUGUUUCUUUUUCUCCACAUUUCUCAAUUCUAGAAGAUUCUUCUUUUCUUUUCUCACAUUUCUCGAUUCUAGAAGUUUCUUCCUGUUUUCUUUUCUCACAUUUCUCGAUUCUAUUCUAAAAAGUUUCUUCCUGUUUCUUUUCUCACAUUUUCUCAUUUCUUCCUGUUUCUUCCUGUUUCUUUUCUCAUAUUUCUCGAUUUUAGAGUUUCUUCCUGUUUCUUUUCUCACAUUUCUCGAUUCUAGAAGUUUCUUCCUGCUUUUUCUUUUCUCCAUUUUCUCGAUUCUAAGUUUUCUUCCUAAGUUUUCUUCCUUUUCUUUUCUCACAUUUCUCGAUUCUAGAAGUUUCUUCCUGUUUCUUUUCUCACAUUUCUCGAUUUUAGAAAUUUCUUCCUGUUUCUUUUCUCAUUUCUCGAUUCCAAGGUUUCUUCCUGUUUCUUUUCUCACAUUUCUCGAUUCUAGUUUCUUCCUUCCUUUUUCUUUUCUCGAUGCUAAAUUUCUUCAAUCUUGUUUCUCUAUUCUAAUUUCUUCCUGUUUCUUUUCUCAUUUCUCGAUUCUAAAUUUCUUCUGUUUCUUCCUGUUUCUUUUCUCUCCAUUUCUCGAUUCUAGAUGUUUCUUCCUGUUUCUUUUCUUAUUUCUCGAUUCUGAAGUUUCUUCCUGUUUCUUUUCACAUUUCUCGAUUCUGGGAUUUCUUCCUAACUUCCUGUUUCUUUUCUUCCUGUUUCUUUUCUCAUUUUUCUCGAUUCUAGAAGUUUCUUCCUGUUUCUUUUUCUCAUAUUUCUCGAUUCUAAGUUUCUUCCUGUUUCUUUUCUCAUUUCCCGAUUCUAGAAGUUUUCUUCCUGUUUCUUUUCUCCCACAUUUUUCUCCUUUUCUUCCUGUUUCUUUUCUCCAUUUCUCGAUUCUAGUUUCUUCCUGUUUCUUUUCUCAUUUCUCGAUUCUAGAAGUUUCUUCCUGUUUUCAUUUCUCACAUUUCUCGAUUCUAGAGAUUUCUUCCCUGUUUCUUCCUGUUUCUUUUCCCACAUUUCUCGAUUCUAGAGGUUUUCUUCCCUGUUUCUUUUCUCACAUUUCUCGAUUCCCAAAAGUUCUUCCUGUUUCUUUUCUCAUUUCUCGAUUUCUAGAAGUUUCUUCCUGUUUCUUUUUCUCAUUUCUCAUUCAUUCUUCCUGUUUCUUCCUGUUUCUUCCUGUUUCUUUUCUCAUUUCUCGAUUCAUUUCUUCUUUUUUCUUUUUCUUCCUGUUUUCCUGUUUCUCUCAUUUUCUCGAUUCUAGAAUUUCUUCCUGUUUCUUUUCUCAUUUCUCGAUUCUUGAAAUUUCUUCCCCCUUUUUAUUUUCUCUAGAAUUUCUUCCUGUUUCUUUUCUCAUUUUCUCGAUUCUCUUUUCUUCCUGUUUUCUUUUCCAUUUCUCGAUUCUAGAAAUUUCUUCCUUUUUUUCUUUUCUCAUAUUUCUCGAUUCUAGAAGUUUCUUCCUGUUUUUCUUCCUGUUUCUUUUUCUCACAUUUCUCGAUUCUAGGAAUUUCUUCCUGUUUUCUUUUCUCACAUUUCUCGAUUCUAGAAAAGUUUCUUCCUGUUUUCUUUUCUCAUUUCUCGAUUCUGGAAGUUUCUUCCUGUUUCUUUUCUCAUAUUUCUCGAUUCUAGAAGUUUUCUUCCUGUUUCUUUUCUUUUCUCCUUAUUUCUCGAUUCUAGAAGUUUCUUCCUGUUUCUUUUUUCUUUUCUCAUUUCUCGAUUCUAGAAAAUUUUCUUCCCCUGUUUCUUUUCUCAUAUUUCUCGAUUCUAGAAGAUUCUUCCUGUUUCUUUUCUCUGCAUUUUUCUCGAUUCUAGAGUUUUCUUCCUGUUCCUUUUCUCCAUUUCUCGAUUCUAGAAGAUUCUUCCUGUUCCUUUUCUCACAUUUCUCGAUUCUAGAAAAGAUUCUUCCUGUUUCUUUUCUCACAUUUCUCGAUUCUAGAAGUUUCUUCCUGUUUCUUUUCUCACAUUUCUCGAUUCUAGAAGUUUCUUCCUGUUUCUUUUCUCACAUUUCUCGAUUCUUAGGAGUUUCUUCCUGUUUAUUUUCUCAUGGUUUCUUCCUGUUUCUUUUCUCAUAUUUCUCGAUUCUAGUUUUCUUCCUGUUUCUUUUCUACAUUCUUUCUUCCUGUUUUUUUUCUCUCGAAUCUUUUCUUCUGUUUCUUUCUCACAUUUUCUUCCUUUCUUCUUUUCUUUUCUCAUUUCUCGAUUCUAGAAGUUUCUUUCCUGUUUCUUUUCUCAUAUUUCUCGAUUCUAGAAAUUUCUUCCUGUUUCUUUUCUCACAUUUCUCGAUUCUAGAGUUUCUUCCUGAUUUUUCUUUUCUCACAUUUCUCGAUUCUAAAUUUUCUUCCUUUUUCUUUCUUCCUUUUUCUUUUCUCACAUUUCUCGAUUCUAGAAGAUUUCUUCUAAUUUUCUUCCUGUUUCUUUUCUCACAUUUCUCGAUUCUAGAAAGUUUCUUCCUGUUUCUUUUCUUUUUCGGUGUUCAAAAUUUCUUCUGUUUUCUUUUCUCAUUUCUCAUUCUAGAAAUUUUUCCUGUUUCUUUUCUCCAUUUCCUCAUUCUAGAAGUUUUCUUCCUGUUUCUUUUCUCACAUUUCUCCGAUUCUAGAAGUUUCUUCCUGUUUCUUUUCUCACAUUUCUCGAUUUUAAAUUUCUUCCUUUUCUUUUCUCAUAUUUCUCAUUCAAAUUUCUUUUCAUUCUAUUUCUCGAUUCAAAGUUUCUUCCUAAGUUUCUUCCUUUUCUUUCUCAUUUUCUCGAUUCUAGAAGUUUUAUUUUUCUUCCUGUUUCUUUUUCUCCAUUUCUCGAUUCUAAAUUUCUUCCUUUUCUUUUUCUCAUUUCUCGAUUCUAAAAAGAUUCUUCCUGUUUCUUUUCUCAUUUCAUUUCUCUGUUUCUUUUCUAGAGAUUUCUUCCUGUUUCUUUUCUCACAUUUCUCGAUUCUAGAAGUUUCUUCCUUUUUCUUUUCUCUUAUUUCUCUCAUUCUAGGAAUUCUUCCUAGUUUCUUCUUUUCUGUAUUCUUUCUUUUCUGUUCAUUUUCUCGAUUAAAAGUUUCUUCCUUUUCUUCCUGUUUCUUUUUUUCUCACAGUUUCUUCCUUUUCUUUUCUCAUAUUUCUCAGAUUCUGAAAUUUCUUCCUGUUUCUUUCUCUCAUUUCUCGAUUCUAGAAGUUUCUUCUGUUUCUUUUCUCAUUUCUCAUUCUAGAAGUUUCUUCUUUUCUUCCUGUUUCUUUUCUCCCACAUUUCUCGAUUCUAGAAGUUUCUUCCUGUUUCUUUUCUCACAUUUCUCGAUUCUAGAAAUUUCUUCCUGUUUCUUUUUCUCACAUUUCUCGAUUCUAGAAAAGUUUCUUCCUGUUUCUUUUUCUCAUUUCUCGAUUCUAGAAGUUUCUUCCUGUUUCUUUUUUCAUUCUUUUUCAUUUCUCGAUUCUAGGGAAUUUUCUUCCUGUUUCUUUUCUCCCAUUUUUCUUCCUGUUUCUUUUCUCACAUUUCUCAUUUUAGAAAUUUCUUCCUGUUUCUUUUCUCACACAUUUCUCGAUUCUAAAAGAUUCUUCCUGUUUCUUUUCUCACAUUUCUCGAUUCUAGAAGUUUCUUCUGUUUCUUUUUCUCCUUUUCUCGAUUCUAGAAGUUUCUUCCUGUUUUCUUUUCUCAUAUUUCUCGAUUCUAGAAAUUUCUUCCUGUUUCUUUUCUCACAUUUCUCGAUUCUAGGUUUCUUCCUGUUUCUUUUCUCUUAUUUCUCGAUUCUAGAAAAGUUUCUUCCUUUUCUUUUCUCACAUUUUCUCGUUUCUUUUCUCAUUUCUUCUAGAAGUUUCUUCCUGUUUCUUUUCUCACAUUUUCUCGAUUCUAGAUUCUUCUAUUACUUUUCUCAAUUUCUUUUCUUCCUGUUUCUUUUCUCACAUUUCUCGAUUCUUGAUUUUUUCUUCCUGUUUCUUUUCUCAUUUCUCGAUUCUAAGUUUCUUCCUGUUUCUUUUCUCACAUUUCUCAUUCUAGAAUUUCUUCCUAUUUCUUCUGUUUCUUUUCUCACAUUUCUCGAUUCUUUUCUCCCUGUUUCUUUUUUCUCAUUUCUCGAUUCUGAAAUUUCUUCCUAUUUCUUUUCUCACAUUUCUCAUUCUAGAAUUUCUUCCUGUUUCUUUUCUCAUUUCUCGAUUCUAGAAGUUUCUUCCUGUUUCUUUUCUCAUUUCACAUUUCUCAUUCUAGAAAUUUCUUCCUGUUUCUUUUCAUAUUUCUCGAUUUUAAGUUUCUUCCUGUUUCUUUUCUCCACAUUUCUCGAUUCUAGAAAUUUCUUCUGUUUCUUUCUCACAUUUCUCGAUUCUAGAAAUUUCUUCCUGUUUUCUUUUCUCACAUUUUCUCGAUUCUACAAAAGUUUUUCUUCCUGUUUCUUUUCUCCAUUUCUAAAUUCUAGAAAUUUCUUCCUGUUUCUUUUCUCACAUUCUCUCGAUUCUAGAAAUUUCUUUCCUAAGUUUCUUCCUGUUUCUUUUCUCACAUUUUUCUCGAUUCACAAUUUUCUUAUAUUUCUUUUUCUCAUAUUUCUCGAUUCUAGAAGUUUCUUCCUGUUUCUUUUCUCACAUUUCUCGAUUCUGAUUUCCUGUUUUUUUUCAUUUCUGAUUUUUGAAUUUUUCUUUUCUUUUCUCUCACAUUUCUCGAUUCUUCCUGUUUCUUUCUCACAUUUCUCGAUUCUAAAAGUUUCCCUGUUUCUUUUCAUUUCUUUCUUCCUUUUUCUUUUCUCACAUUUCUCGAUUCUAGAAAUUUCUUCCUGUUUCUUUUCUCCACAUUUCUCGAUUCUAAAUUUCUUCCUUUUCUUUUCUUCAUUUUUCGAUUCUAAAGUUUUCUUCUAUUUCUUUUCUUUUCACAUUUCUCCAAUUCUAGAAUUUCUUCCUGUUUCUUUUUCUUUUCUCACAUUUCUCGAUUCGAAGUUUUCUUCCUGUUUCUUUUUUCUUUUCUCAUUUCUCGAUUCUAGUUAUAAAGAUUUCUUCCUGUUUCUUUUCUCACAUUCUGAUUCUUCCGAUUCUAGAGUUUCUUCCUUUUCUUCCUGUUUCUUUUCUCCCAUUUCUCAUUUAGAAGUUUCUUCCUGUUUCUUUUCUCACAUUUCUCCCAUUCUAGAAAUUUCUUCCUGUUUCUUUUCUCCCAUUUCUCAGUUCAAAAUUCUUCCUGUUUCUUUUCUCACAUUUCUCAGUUCUAAAUUUCUUCCUGUUUCUUUUCUCACAUUUCUCAUUCUCAGUAUACAAAAGAAAUUUCUUCCUGUUUCUUUCUCAUUUCUCAAUUCUAAGUUUCUUCCUGUUUCUUUUCUCACAUUUCUCGAUUCUAGGGAAUUUCUUCCUGUUUCUUUUCUCACAUUUCUCGAUUCUAGAAAUUUCUUCCUGUUUCUUUUUCUCACAUUUCUCGAUUCUAAAAGUUUCUUUUUUCCUUUUCUCACAUUUCUCCUAAAUUUUCUUCCUAAGUUUCUUCCUGUUUCUUUUCUCAUAUUUCUCGAUUCUGAAGUUUCUUCCUGUUUCUUUUCUCAUUUCUCGAUUCUGAUUUCUUCCUGUUUCUUUUCUCAUUUUCUCGAUUCUAGAAUUUCUUCCUGUUUCUUUUCUCAUUUCUCGAUUCUAGAAAGAUUCUUCCUGUUUCUUUUCUCAUUUCUCAUUCUGAUUUCUUCCCUUUUCUUUUCUCAUUUUCUCGAUUCUAGUUUCUUCCUGUUUCUUUUCUCAUUUCUCGAUUCUCAAAGUUUCUUCCUAUUUUCUUCCUGUUUCUUUUCUCAUAUUUCUCGUUUCUUUUCAUUUUCUAAAUUCUGGAAUUUUCUUCCUGUUUCUUUUCUCACAUUUCUCGAUUCUAAGUUUCUUCCUAAUUUCUUCUUUUCUUUUCUCACAUUUCCAAAUUCUGAAGUUUCUUCCUGUUUCUUUUCUCAUUUCUCAAUUAGAAAUUUUCUUCCUGUUUUCUUUUCUCACAUUUUCUCGAUUCUAGAAAAGUUUCUUCCUGUUUCUUUUUCUCACAUUUCUCAUUCUUUCUUUUCUUCCUUUUCUUUUCUCCAUUUCUCGAUUCUAGAAAUUUCUUCCUUUUUCUUUUCUCACAUUUCUCAUUCUGAAUUUUCUUCCUGUUUCUUUUCUCACAUUUCUCAUUCAUUUCUUUCUGUUUCUUUUCUCAUUUCUCAUUCCUUUCUUCUAGAUUUCUUCCCUGUUUCUUUUUUUUUUCUCUUUUCUCUGAAGUUUCUCUCAUAUUUCUUUGAAGUCUCUUCCUGUUUUCUCAUUUCUCGAUUCAUAUUUCUCGAUUCUUUUCUCAUAUUUCUCGAUUCUAGAAGUUUCUUUUCUUUUCAUUUCUCGAUUCUAGAAGUUUUCUUCUGUUUUCUUUUCUCAUUUUUUCUUCCUGUUUCUUUUCUCACAUUUCUCGAUUCUAAUUUUCUUCCUGUUUCUUUUCUCCAUUUUCUCAUUCUGAUUACUUCCUUUUUCUUUUCUCUUCCUGUUUCUUUUUCUCUCAUAUUUCUCGAUUCUAGAAUUUUCUUCCUGUUUCUUUUUUCUCCAUUUCUCAUUCUAGAAAAGUUUCUUCCUGUUUCUUUUCUCCCAUUUCUCAUUCUAGAAAAGUUUCUUCCUGUUCAUUUUCUCACAUUUCUCGAUUCUAGAAGUUUCUUCCUGUUCUUUUCUCAUAUUUCUCUCAUUUCUUCGUUUAUUUUCUCACAUUUCUUUCUAAGUUUUCUUUCUGUUCUUUCCUCAUAUUUCUCGAUUCUGAAAUUUUCUUCCUGUUUCUUUUCUCCAUUUCUCGAUUCUAGAAGUUUCUUCCUGUUUCUUUUCUCAUAUUUCUCGAAUCUAGAGAUUUCUCCCUGUUUCUUUUCUCCCAUUUCUCGAUUCCAAGAAUUUCUUCCUGUUUCUUUUCUCAUAUUUCUCGAUUCUAGAAUUUUCUUCUGUUUCUUUUUCUCCAUUUCUCGAUUUAAAAAUUCUUCCUGUUUCUUCCUGUUCCCUUUUCUCUCACAUUUCUCGAUUCUAGAAGUGUCUUCCUGUUUCUUCCUGUUUCUUUUCUCCACUGUUUUCUCGAUUCUAGAAGUUUCUUCUAUUUCUUUUCAUUUCUCGAUUCUAGAAGUUUCUUCCUGUUUCUUUUCUCAUUUCUCAUUCUUGAAAUUUCUUCCUAUUCUUUUUCUUCCCUGUUUCUUUUCUCCUGUUUCUCCAUUUCUCUUAAGUUUCUUCCUGUUUCUUUUCUCACAUUUCUCGAUUCUGGAACAUUUUCUUCCUAGAAUUCUUUUUUCUUUUUCAUUUUCUCGAUUCUCAAGAUUCUUCCUGUUUCUUUUCUCACAUUUCUCAAUUCUCGAAAUUCUAAUUUCUUCCUGUUUUUUUUUUUCUCACAUUUUCUCGAUUCUAGAAGUUUCUUCCUGUUUCCUUUUUCAUUUCUCACAUUUCUCGAUUCUAGAAGUUUCUUCUGAUUCUUUUCUCUCUCCUGUUUCUUUUCUCACAUUUCUCGAUUCUAGAUUUUCUUCCUGUUUUUCUUUUCUCCCAUUUCUCGAUUCUGAAGUUUCUUCCUGUUCUUUUCUCACAUUUCUCGAUUCUGUUUCUUCCUGUUUCUUUUCUCCCAUUUCGAUUCUUUUUCUUUUCUCACAUUUCUCGAUUCUAGUUUCUUCCUUUCUUUUCUCCACAUAUCUCGAUUCUUUCUUCCUGUUUCUUUCUCUAAGUUUCUUCCUGUUUCUUUUCUCACAUUUCUCGAUUCUAGAAGUUUCUUCCUGUUUCUUUUCUCAUAUUUCUCGAAUCUUGAAGUCUCUUCCUGUUUCUUUUUUCUUCCUAAUUUUCUUCCUGUUUCUUUUCACAUUUCUCGAUUCUAGAAAUUUCUUCCUUUUCUUUCUCAUAUUUCUCGAUUCUAGAAGUUUCUUCCUGUUUCUUUUCUCACAUUUCUCGAUUCUAGAAGAAUUUCUUCCUGUUUCUUUUCUCACAUUUUUCUCGAUUCUAGAAAAUUUCUUCCUGUUUCUUUUCUCUUUCGAUUUAGGGAUUUCUUCCUGUUUCUUCUCAUUUCUCGAUUCUAAGUUUUUCUUCCUGUUUCUUUUCUAUUUCUCGAUUCUAGUUUCUUCCUUUUCUUUUCUCAUUUCUCUCGAUUCUAGAAGAUUCUUCCUGUUUCUUUUCUUUUCUCCCACAUUUCUCGUUUCUUUUCUCAUUCUCGAAAAUUUCUUCCUGUUCUUUUCUCACAUUUCGAUUCUAGAUUUCUUCUGUUUCUUUUCUCCAUUUCUCGAUUCUAAGUUUCUUCCUGUUUCUUUUCUCACAUUUCUCGAUUUUUGGGAUUUCUUCCUAGAUUUCUUCCCUGUUUCUUUUUCUCCCCAUUUCUCGAUUCUAGAAAUUUCUUCUUUUUCUUUUCUCCAUUUUCUCGAUUCUAGAAUAUUCUUCCUGUUUCUUUCUUUUCUCACAUUUCUCGAUUCUAGAAAUUUCUUCCUGUUUCUUUUUCUCAUUCUCGAUUCUAGAAAGAUUUCUUCCUGUUUCUUUUCUCGAUUCUAUUUCUUCCUGUUUCUAAAUUUCUUGAAGUCUCUUCCUGUUUUUAUUUUCUCAUUUCUCGAUUCUUUUCUUUUCUCAUAUUUCUCGAUUCUAGAAGAUUCUUCUACUUUUCAUUUCUCAUUCUUUUCUUAUUUCUCGAUUUCUAGAAGUUUCUUCCUGUUUCUUUUCUCACAUUUUCUUCUGUUUCAUUUCUCAUUUCUCAUUCUAGAAGUUUCUUCCUUUUUUCUUUUCUCACAUUUCUCGAUUCUAGAAUUUUCUUCUAAUAUUCUUCCUGUUUCUUUUCUCACAUUUCUCGAUUCAGAGGAACCCUGUUUCAUUUUCUUCCUUUUCUGUUUUUUCUCCUAUCUCGAUUCUGAAGUUUCUUCGUUAUUUUCUCAUUUUCUCGAUUCUAAGUUUCUUCCCUGUUUCUUUUCUCUUAUUUCUCGAUUCUUGAGUCUCUUCUGUUUCUUUUUCUCACAUUUCUCGAUUCUAAAAGAUUCUUCCUGUUUCUUUUUUUUUCCAUUUCUCCUGUUCUUCUCACAUUUCUUUCUAAAGUUUCUUCCUGUUUUUUCUCUCAUACUUUUCUCGAUUCUAGAAGUUUCUUCCUUUUCUUUUCUCACAUUUCUCGAUUCUGAAGAUUCUUCUGUUCUUUUUCUCAUAUUUCUCGAUUCUGAAGAUUCUUCCUGUUUCUUUUUCACAUUUCUCGAUUACAAAGUUUCUUCCUGUUUUCUUUUCACAUUUCUCGAUUCUAGAAGUUUCUUCCUGUUUUUUCUCCCAUUUCUCGAUUCUUCUGUUUCUUUUCUCAUAAGUUUCUUCCUGUUUCUUUUCUCACAUUUCUCGAUUCUAGAAGUUUUCUUCCUGUUUCUUUUCUCGAUUCAUUUCUCGAUUCUCGAUUCUUCCUGUUUCUUUCUCAUAUUUCUCGAAUCUAGAGUCUCUUCCUGUUUCUUUUCUCACAUUUCUCGAUUCUGGAAAUUUCUUCCUGAUUCUUUUCUCAUAAGAUUCUUCCUGAUUCUUUUCUCACAUUUCUCGAUUCAUAGAGAUUCUUCCUGUUUCUUUUCUCAUAUUUCUCGAUUCGUUUCUUCUGUUUCUUUUCUCAUUUUCUCGAUUCUAGUUUCUUCCUGUUUCUUUUCUCAUUUCUCGAUUUUUGAGAUUUUCUUCCUGUUUCUUUUCUCAUUUCUCGAUUCUAGAAAUUUCUUCCUGUUUCUUUUCUCAUUUCUCGAUUCUAAAAGUUUCUUCCUGUUUCUUUCUCAUUUCUCGAUUCUAAGUUUCUUCCUGUUUCUUUUCUCAUUUCUCGAUUCUAGAAGUUUCUUCCUGUUUCUUUUCUCAUUUCUCGAUUCACAAGUUUCUUCCCUUUUCUUUUCUCAUUUCUCGAUUCUAGAAGAUUCUUCCUGUUUCUUUUCUCCAUUUCUCGAUUCUAAUUUCUUCCUGUUUCUUUUUUCUCACAUUUCUCGUCUUCCCUCUUCUUUUCUCACAUUUCUCGAAAGAUUUUCUUCCUUUUCUUCCUGUUUCUUUUCUCAUUUCUCGAUUCUAGAAUUUCUUCCUGUUUCUUUUCUCUCAUUUCUCGAUUCUGAAUUUCUUCCUGUUUCUUUUCUCAUUCAUUUCUCGAUUCUAGAAGUUUCUUCCUGUUUCUUUUCUCAUUUCUCGAUUCUAGAAAAGUUUCUUCCUGUUUCUUUUCUCAUUUCUCGAUCUAAAAGUUUCUUCCUGUUUUUUCUCACAUUUCUCGAUUCGAGUUUCUUCCUGUUUCUUUCUCAUAUUUCUCGUUCUGAAGAUUCUUCCUGUUUCUUUUCUCAUUUCUCAAUUCUAAGUUUUCUUCCUGUUCUUUUCUCCAUUCUUUCUAAUUUUCUUUUCUUUCAUUUCUCGAUUCUAGAAGUUUCUUCCUGUUUCUUUUCUCCAUUUCUCGAUUCUAGAGAUUUCUUCCUGUUUCUUUUCUCACAUUUCUCGAUUCUGAAAUUUCUUCCUUUCUUUUCUCACAUUUCUCGAUCUCUAAAGUUUCUUCCUGUUUCUUUUCUCUUAUUUCUCGAUUUAAGUUUCUUCCCUUUUUUUUUUCUCAUUAGUUUCUCGAUUCUUGAUAUUCUCUUCUUUUUCCUUUUUUUUCACAUUCUCGAUUCUAGAAGAUUCUUCCUGUUUCUUUUCUCAUUUCUCGAUUCUAGAAGUUUCUUCCUGUUUCUUUUCUCAUUUCUCGAUUCUAGAAGUUUCUUCCUGUUUCUUUUCUCACAUUUUCUCGAUUCUAGAAGUUUCUUCCUGUUUCUUUUCUCACAUUUCUCGAUUCUAGAUUUUCUUCCUGUUUCUUUUCUCACAUUUCUCGAUUCUAGAAGAUUCUUCUUUCUGUUUCUUUUCUCAUAUUUCUUCGAUUUUUGUUUCUCAUUUCUUCUUCCUGUUUCUUUUCACAUUUCUCAUUCUAGAGAUUUUCUUCUGUUUCUUUUCUCACAUUUCGAUCUGGCUUCCUGUUCUUUUUCGAAUUUCUUCCUUUUUCUUUUCUCAUUUCUCGAUUCUAGAAGUUUCUUCCUGUUUCUUUUCUCGGUUACUGUUUCUUUUUCUCACAUUUCUCGAUUAAAUUUCUUCCUGUUUCUUUUCUCCAUUCAUUUCUCAUUUUUUAGAAGUUUCUUCCUGUUUCUUUUCUCAUUUUUUCGAUUCGAAUCAUUUCUCGAUUCUGAAGUUUCUUCCUGUUUCUUUUUCUCAUUUCUCGAUUCUGGAUUUCUUCCUGUUUCUUUUCUUCCUUUUUCUUUUCAUUUCAUAUUUUCUUCCUGUUUCUUUUCAUUUCUCGAUUCUAGAAAUUCUUCCUUUUUCUUCCUGUUUCUUUUCUCAUUUCUCGAUUCUAGAAGUUUCUUCCUGUUUCUUUUCUCACAUUUCUCGAUUCUAGAAGUUUCUUCCUGUUUCUUUUCUCUUUCUCGAUUUCAUUCUUCUGUUUCUUUUCUCAUUUUCUCGAUUCUAGAAGUUUCUUCCUGUUUCUUUUCUCCAUUUCUCGAUUCUAGAAGUUUCUUCCUAAGUUUCUUCCUGUUUCUUUUCUCACAUUUCUCGAUUCUAGAAGUUUCUUCCCUUUUCUUUUUCCUUAUUUUCUCUAGAAAAUUCUUCCUUUUCUUCCUGUUUCUUUUCUCAUUUCUUUCUAAUUCUUCCUGUUUUUUUCUCCCAUUUCUCGAUUCUCAGAGAAAUUUCUUCCUGUUUCUUUUCUCCCAUUUCUCGAUUCUGAAUUUCUUCCUGUUUCUUUCUCACAUUUUCUCGAUUCACAUUUUUCUUCUGAUUCUUUUCUUUCUCACAUUUCUCAUUCUAGAUUUUUUCUUCCUUUUUCUUUCUUUCUCGAUUCUAGAAAUUUCUUCUUUUUCUUUUCUCCUAUUUCUCGAUUCUAGAAAGAUUCUUCUGUUUCUUUUCUCACAUUUCUCGAUUCUAGAAGUUUCUUCUAUUUCUUUUCUCACAUUUCUCGAUUCUAGAAGUUUCUUCCUGUUUCUUUUCUCAUUUCUCGAUUCUGAAAUUUCUUCCUGUUUAUUUCUCACAUUCUCGAUUCUAGAAUUUCUUCCUGUUUCUUUUCUCCAUUUCUCGAUUCUAGAACUUCUUUUUCCAUAUUUUGAUUCUUUCUUCCUGUUUAUUCUCUUUUCUCUCAUUUCUUUGUCUUCUUCUGUUUCUUUUCUCAUUUCUCAGAUCCUUUCUUCUAAAUUUCUUUUCUUCCUGUUUCUUUCUCAUUUCUCAUUCUUAUAUUUCUCGAUUUUUGAAGUUUCUUCCUGUUUCUUUUCUCCAUUUCUCGAUUCUAAGUUUCUUCCUGUUUCUUUUCUCACAUUUCUCGAUUCUAGAAAUUUUCUUCCUGUUUUUUUCUCCACAUUUCUCGAUUCUGAAAAGUUUCUUCCUGUUUCUUUUCUCAUAUUUCUCGAUUCUAGAAGUUUCUUCCUGUUUCUUCCUGUUUCUUUCUCCCUAAGUUUCUUCCUGUUUCUUUUCUCACAUUUCUCGAUUCUAAAGUUUCUUCCUGUUCUUUUUCCUUUUUUUCUCGAUUCUGAAGUUUCUUCCUGUUUCUUUUCUCAUUUCUCGAUUCUAGAAGUUUCUUCUUCCUGUUUCGAUUUUUCUUCUGUUUCAUUUCUCCUUUUCUCGAUUCUAAGUUUCUUCCUUUUCUUCUGUUCUUUUCUCCUGAAGUUUCUUCUGUUUCUUUUCUCACAUUUCUCGAUUCUAGAAGUUUCUUCCUGUUUCUUUUCAUUUCUCGAUUCUGUUUCUUCCUUUUCUUUUCUCACAUUUCUCGAUUCUAGAAAUUUCUUCCUGUUUCUUUUCUCAUAUUUCUCGAUUCUAGAAGUUUCUUCCUGUUUCUUUUCUCAUUUCUCGAUUCUCAAGUUUCUUCCUAAGUUUCUUCCUGUUUCUUUUCUCAUAUUCUCGAUUCUAGAAGUUUCUUCCUGUUUAUUUUUCUCAUUUCUCGAUUCUAGAAGUUUCUUCCUGUUUCUUUUCUCAUUUCUCGAUUCUAGAAGUUUCUUCCUGUUUCUUUUUUCAUUUCUCGAUUCUAAGUUUCUUCUGAUUCUUUUCUCACAUUUCUCUUCUAGAAGUUUCUUCCUGUUUCUUUUCUCACAUUUCUCGAUUCUAGAAAAGUUUCUUCCUGUUCUUUUUUCUUCCUGUUUCUUUUCUUCUUUUCUCACUCUCGAUUCUAGAAGUUUCUUCCUGUUUCUUUUCUCAUUUAUCGAUUCUUUCUCGAUUUCUAGAACAAGUUUUCUUCCUGUUUCUUUUCUCAUUUUCUCGAUUCUUGAAGUUUCUUCCUGUUCAUUUUCUCCAUUUCUCGAUUCUAAGUUUCUUCCUGUUUCUUUCUCUCAUAUUUCUCGAUUCUUCCUGUUUCUUUUCUCACUUUUCUUCCUGUUUCUUCCUUUUCUUUUCUCACAUUUCUCGAUUCUAGAAGUUUCUCCCUGUUUCUUUUUCUCUCAUUUCUCGAUUCUAGAAGAUUCUUCCUGUUUCAUUUUCAUUUCUCGAUUCUCUUUUCUGUUUCUUCAUUUCUCGAUUCUAGAAGUUUCUUCCUGUUUCUUUUCUCCAUUUCUCGAUUCUAGAAGUUUCUUCCUUUUCUUUUCUCAUUUCUCGAUUCUAAAUUUCUUCCUAAAUUUCUUCCUGUUUUUCUUUUCGAUUCAGUUUCUUCCAUUUCUCAUUUCGAUUCUAGAAGUUUCUUCCUGUUUCUUUUUCAUUUUCUCAUCUUCUCGACAUUUUCUAGAAGUUUCUUCCUGUUCUUUUCUCGAUUCAUUUCUCGAUUCUAAAAAUUCUUUCUUCCUUUUUUUUUCUUUUCUCAUUCUUCCUGUUUCUUUUCUCACAUUUCUCGAUUCUAGAAGUUUCUUCCUGUUUCUUUUCUCACAUUUCUCGAUUCUAGAAAAGUUUUCUUCCUGUUUCUUUUCUCAUUUUCUCGAUUCUAAGUUUCUUCCUGUUUCUUUUCUCACAUUUCUCGAUUCUAGAAUUUUUCUUCCUAAGUUUCUUCCGUUUCUUUUCUUCUUCCUGUUUUUCUGUUUUUUCUCACAUUUCUCGAUUCUAGAAGUUUCUUCCUGUUUCUUUUCUUUUCUCAUUCAUUUCUCGAUUCUCGAUUCUAGUUUCUUCCCUCGAUUUUUCUUCCUUUUCUCUCAUUUCUCGAUUCUAAGUUUCUUCCUGUUUCUUUUCUCUUGUUUUCUCGAUUCUAGAAGUUUCUUCCUGUUUCUUUUCUCUUAUUUCUCGAUUAGAAUUUCUUCCUGUUUUUUUUCUCAAAUUUCUCGAUUUAGAUUUUUUGUUUCUUUUCUCACAUUUCUCGAUUCUAGAAGUUUCUUCCUGUUUCUUUCUCAUUUCUCGAUUCUAGAAGUUUCUUCCUGUUUCUUUUCUCAUUUCUCGAUUCUAGGUUUCUUUUUUCUUUUCUAUGUUUCUUUUUCUUUCUCGAUUCUAGAAUUUCUUCCUGUUUCUUUUCUCACAUUCUCGAUUCUAGAAGUUUCUUCCUGUUUCUUUUCUCACAUUUCUCGAUUCUCGAUUCUAGAAAAGUUUCUUCCUGAUUUCUUUUCUCGAUUUUUCUUCAUUUCUUUUCUCGUUUUCGAUUCCUUCUUCUGUUUCUUUUCUCAUUUCUCGAUUCUAGAAGUUUCUUCUUUUCUUUUCUCUUUUCUCGAUUCUAGAAGUUUUCUCUGUUUCUUUUUCUCAUUUCUCGAUUUCUUCCUGUUUCUUUUUCUCACAUUUCUCGAUUCUAGAAUUUCUUCCUGUUUCUUUUCUCAUUUCUCGAUUCUAGAAGUUUCUUCCUUUUCUUUUUCAUUUCUCGAUUCUAGAAGUUUCUUCCUGUUUCUUUUCUCACAUUUCUCGAUUCUAGAAGUUUUCUUCCUGUUUCUUUCUCAUUUCUCGAUUCUAGAAGUUUCUUCCUGUUUCAUUUCUCAUUUUUCGAUUCUGUUUCUUCCUAAUUUUCUUCUGUUUCUGUUUUUCUUUUUCUCGAUUCUAGAAGUUUCUUCCUGUUUCUCACAUUUCUCGAUUCUAGAAAGUUUCUUCCUUUCUUUUCCAUUUCUCGAUUCUUUUCUCAUUUCUCAAGUUUCUUCCUUUUCUUUUCUCACAUUUCUCGAUUCUAGAAGUUUCUUCCUGUUUCUUUUCUCACAUUUCUCGAUUCUAGAAGUUUCUUCCUGUUUCUUUUCUCAUUUCUCGAUUCUAGAAGUUUCUUUUCUGUUUCUUUUCUCACAUUUCCUGUUUUUCUUUUUCUUUUUCUCAUUUCUCGAUUCUAGAAGUUUCUUCCUGUUUCAUUUUCUUUUCUCGAUUCUAGAAAAGUUUCUUCCUGUUUCUUUUCUCACAUUUCUCGAUUCUAGAAGUUUCUUCCUGUUUCUUUUUUCAUUUCUCGAUUCUGAAGUUUCUUCCUGUUUCUUUUUCUCAUCUUUUCUCGAUUCUAGAAGUUUCUUCCUGUUUCUUUUCUCACAUUUCUCGAUUCUAGAAAAUUUCUUCCUGUUUCUUUUCUCAUAUUUCUCGAUUCUAGAAGUUCUUCUUUCUUUUCUCACAUUUCUCGAUUCUAGAAAUUUCUUCCUUUUCUUUUCUCAUAUUUCUCGAUUCUUUCUUCCUGUUUCUUUUCUCACAUUUCUCGAUUCUAGAAGUUUCUUCCUGUUUCUUUUCUCAUUUCUCGAUUCUAGAAGUUUCUUCCUGUUUUUUUUCACAUUUCUCGAUUCUAGAAGUUUCUUCCUGUUUCUUUUCUCACAUUUCUCGAUUCUAGAAAAGUUUUCUUCUUUUUCUUUUCUCACAUUUCUCGAUUCUAGAAGUUUCUUCCUGUUUCUUUUCUCAUUUCUCGAUUCUAGAAGUUUCUUCCUGUUUCUUUUUCAUUUCUCGAUUCUAGAAGUUUCUUCCUGUUUCUUUUCUCAUUUCUCGAUUCUAGAAAUUUCUUCCUGUUUCUUUUCUUUUCUCGAUUCUAGAAGUUUCUUCCUGUUUCUUUUCUCAUUUCUCGAUUCUAGAAUUUUCUUCCUGUUUCUUUUCUCAUUUCUCGAUUCUAGAAGUUUCUUCCUGUUUCUUUUCUCAUUUCUCGAUUCUAGAAGUUUCUUCCUGUUUCUUUUCUCCAUUUUCUCGAUUCUAGAAGUUUCUUCGAUUCUCGAGAAAUUUCUUCCUGUUUCUUUUCUCUUUUUCUCGAUUCUAGAAAGUUUCUUCCUGUUUUCUUUCUCAUUUCUCGAUUCUAGAAGUUUCUUCCUGUUUCUUUUCUCAUUUCUCGAUUCUAGAAGUUUCUUCCUGUUUCUUUUCUCACAUUUCUCGAUUCUAGAAGUUUCUUCCUGUUUCUUUUCUCAUUUCUCGAUUCUAGAAGUUUCUUCCUGUUUCUUUUCUCAUUUCUCGAUUCUAGAAGAUUCUUCCUGUUUCUUUUCUCAUUUCUCGAUUCUAGAAAAGUUUUCUGUUUCUUUUCUCACAUUUCGAUUUUUCUUCUGUUCCUUUUCUCAUUUCUCGAUUCUAUUUUUCUUCCUGUUUCUUUUCUCUCAUUUCUCGAUUCUUCUUUUCUUCUUCCUUUUUCAUUUUCGAUCUAGAAGUUUCUUCCUGUUUCUUUUUCAUUUCUCGAUUCUAGAAGUUUCUUCUGUUCUUUUCUCACAUUUCUCGAUUCUAGAAUUUUCUUCCUGUUUCUUUUCUCAUUUCUCGAUUCUAGUUUUCUACCCUGUUUCUUUUCCUGUUUCUUUUCUCACAUUUCUCGAUCUAGAAGUUUCUUCCUGUUUCUUUUCUCUGUUUCUCGAUUCUAGAGAUUUCUUCCUGUUUCUUUUCUCAUAUUUCUCGAUUCUAGAAAAGAUUUCUUCCUGUUUCUUUUCUCAUUUCUCGAUUCUGGAAGAUUUCUUCUGUUUCUUUUUCUCUAUUUUCGAUUCUAGAAGAUUCUUCCUGUUUCUUUUCUCAUAUUUCUCGAUUCUAGAAGUUUCUUCCUGUUUCUUUUCAUUUUCGAUUCUGAAGUUUCUUCCUGUUUCUUUUCUCACAUUUCUCGAUUCUAGAAGUUUCUUCCUGUUUCUAUUUCUCGAUUCUAGAAGUUUCUUCCUGUUUCUUUUCUCAUUUCUCGAUUCUAGAAUUUCUUUUCUUCCUGUUUCUUUUCUUUUUCUCGAUUCUAGAAAUUUCUUCCUGUUUCUUUUCUCAUAUUUCUCGAUUCUAGAAGUUUCUUCCUGUUUCUUUUCUCAUUUCUCGAUUCUAGAAAAGUUUCUUCCUCACAUUUUCGAUUUUCUUCCUGUUUCUUUUCUCACAUUUCUCGAUUCUAGAAGUUUCUUCCUGUUUCUUUUCUCACAUUUCUCGAUUCUAGAAGUUUCUUCCUGUUUCUUUUCUCAUUUUCUCGAUUCUAGAAGUUUCUUCCUGUUUCUUUCUCAUUUCUCGAUUCUAAAGUUUCUUCCUGUUUCUUUUCUCACAUUUCUCGAUUCUAGAAGUUUCUUCCUGUUUCUUUUCUCUCAUUUCUCGAUUCUAGAAGUUUCUUCCUGUUUCUUUUCUCAUUUCUCGAUUCUAGAAAAGUUUCUUCCUGUUUCUUUUCUCAUUUUCUCGAUUCUAAAUUUCUUCCUGUUUCUUUUCUCACAUUUCUCGAUUCUAAGUUUCUUCCUGUUUCUUUUUCUCAUUUUCUCGAAUUUCUUCUGUUUCUUUUCUCAUAUUUCUCAUUUUUCUUUCUCCACAUUUUCUGUUUUUCUUUUCUCACAUUUCUCGAUUCUUUUUUCUUCCUGUUUCUUUUCUCAUUUCUCGAUUCUAGAAAUUUCUUCCUGUUUCUUUUUCUCGAUUCAUUUCUCGAUUCUAGAAGUUUCUUCCUGUUUCUUUUCUUUCUCGAUUCUAGAAAAUUUUCUUCCUUUUUCUUUUCUCACAUUUCUCGAUUCUAGAAGUUUCUUCUGUUUCUUUUCUCAUUUCUCGAUUCUAGAAGUUUCUUCCUGUUUCUUUUCACAUUUCUCGAUUCUAGAAAAGUUUCUUCUGUUUCUUUUCUCAUAUUUCUCGAUUCUAGAAGUUUCUUCCUGUUUUCUUUUCUCACAUUUCUCGAUUUCUUCCUGUUUCUUUUCUCCAUUUCUCGAUUCUAGAAGUUUCUUCCUGUUUCUUUUCUCACAUUUCUCGAUUCUAGAAGUUUCUUCCUUUUCUUCCUGUUUCUUUUCAUGUUUCUCUUUUCUUCUUCCUGUUUCUUUUCUCAUUUCUCGAUUCUGUUUUUCUUCCUGUUUCUUUUUCAUUUCUCAUUUCUCGAUUCUAGAAGUUUCUUCCUGUUUCUUUUUCAUUUCAUUUCUCGAUUCUAGAAGUUUCUUCCUGUUUCUUUUUCCUAAGUUUCUUCCUGUUUCUUUUCUCACAUUUCUCGAUUCUAGAAGUUUCUUCCUGUUUCUUUUCUCACAUUUCUCGAUUCGAGAUUCUAGAAAUUUCUUCCUGUUUCUUUUCUCACAUUUCUCGAUUCUAGAAAAGUUUCUUCCUGUUUCUUUUCUCACAUUUCUCGAUUCUAGAAGUUUCUUCCUGUUUCUUUUCUCAUUUCUCGAUUCUAGAAGUUUCUUCCUGUUUCUUUUCUCCCAUUUCUCGAUUCUAGAAGUUUCUUCCUGUUUCUUUUUCUCAUUUCUCGAUUCUAGAAGUUUCUUCCUGUUUCUUUUCUCACAUUUCUCGAUUCUAGAAAAUUUUCUUCCUGUUUCUUUUCUCACAUUUCUCGAUUCUAGAAUUUUCUUCCUGUUUCUUUUCUCACAUUUCUCGAUUCUAGAAGUUUCUUCCUGUUUCUUUUCUCCAUUUCUCGAUUCUAGAAAUUUCUUCCUGUUUCUUUUUCAUUUCUCGAUUCUAGAAUUUCUUCCUGUUUCUUCCUGUUUUUUUCUUUUCUCACAUUUCUCGAUUCUUUUUCUUCCUGUUUCUUUUCUUCAUUUCUCGAUUCUAGAAUUUUCUUCCUGUUUCUUUUCUCCAUUUCUCGAUUCUAGAAGUUUCUUCCUGUUUCUUUUCUCACAUUUCUCGAUUCUAGAAGUUUCUUCCUGUUCUUUUCCUCAAGUUUCUUCCUGUUUCUUUUUCACAUUUCUCGAUUCUAGAAGUUUCUUCCUUUUUCUUUUCUCAUUUCUCGAUUCUAGAAGUUUCUUCCUGUUUCUUUUUCCAUUUCUCGAUUCUAUUUUCUUGAAAAGUUUCUUCCUGUUUCUUUUCUCACAUUUCUCGAUUCUAGAAGUUUCUUCCUGUUUCUUUUCAUUUCUCGAUUUUCUUCCUGUUUCUUUUCUCACAUUUCUCGAUUCUAGAAGUUUCUUCCUGUUUCUUUUCUCACAUUUCUCGAUUCUAGAAGUUUCUUCCUGUUUCUUUCCAUGUUUUUUUCUUCCUAAGUUUCUUCCUGUUUCUUUUCUCACAUUUCUCGAUUCUAGAAGUUUCUUCCUGUUUCUUUUCUCACAUUUCUCGAUUCUAGAAAUUUCUUCCUGUUUCUUUUCUUUUCUCAUUCUAGAAGUUUUUCUCGAUUCUUCUCGAAGUUUCUUCCUGUUUCUUUUCUCACAUUUCUCGAUUCUAGAAGUUUCUUCCUGUUUCUUUUCUCAUUUCUCGAUUCUAGAAGUUUCUUCCUGUUUCUUUUCUCAUAUUUCUCGAUUCUUUUUCUUCCUGUUUCUUUUUUUUUCUCGAUUCAUUUCUUCCUGUUUUUCUUUUCUCGAUUCUAGAAGUUUCUUCCUGUUUCUUUUUCUCAUUAGAAAUUUCUCUGUUUCUUUGAAAAGUUUCUUCCUGUUUCUUUUCGAUUCAGACAAUUUCUUCCUGUUUCUUUUCUCAUUUUUCGAUUCUAAGUUUCUUCCUGUUUCUUUUCUCACAUUUCUCGAUUCUAGAAGUUUCUUCCUGUUUCUUUUCUUUCUCGAUUCUAGAAGUUUCUUCCUUUUUUUUUCUCUAAAUUUUCUUCCUGUUUCUUUUCUUCUCGAAAAGUUUCUUCCUGUUUCUUUUCUCAUAUUUUCGAUUCUAGAAGUUUCUUCCUGUUUCUUUUCUCAUUUCUCGAGUUUCUUCCUGUUUUUUCUCACAUUUUCUAGAAGUUUCUUCCUGUUUCUUUUCUCAUAUUUCUCGAUUCUAGAAAAGUUUCUUCCUGUUUCUUUUCUCUUUUCUCGCAUUUCUUAUAUUCUCGAUUCUAAAGUUUCUUCCUGUUUUUCUUCCUGUUUCUUCUUUUCUCACAUUUCUCGAUUCAGUUCCUUCGUGUUUCUUUUCUCUUCUCGAAAAUUUCUUCCUGUUUCUUUUCUCACAUUUCUCGAUAUCAAUUUUCUUCCUAACCUGUUCGGCGCUAUUUUUCUCCGUUUCUUUAAAGAUACACACACGCACACAUCUAUCUAUCUAUCUAUCUAUCUAUCUAUAUAUAUCAAAAGAAGAGAGGUGUGCAUAGGAAACAGAACACCGAUCGAUCGAUCGAUCGAUCUAUCUAUCUAUCUAUCUAUCUAUCUAUCUCAGUCUGUUCAUAUCUCAGUCUGUUCAUAUCUAUCUAUCUAUCUAUCUAUCUAUCUAUCUAUCUAUCUCAAUGUACAAAUCUAUCUAUCUAUCUAUCUAUCUAUCUAUUUAUCUAUGUCAUUGUUCAUAUCUAUCUGUCUAUAA